AUGAACUUCUUACGUAGGCCGAAAUACAAAUCUGUCCAGCAGAGCGACGACAAUGUUUCGGAUGUAUUAUUGGACCAACCACCCCGAACAUCCAACAUCUUGUAUUUAGGGUGGAUUCUCGCCUGCGCCUUCGCCUUCAGCACUGCAUUCCUCCUAGUCCAGCUGUUCAAAAUAAAGUCAGCUUCUCAAGAAGUCACUUUACAACAUGGUUCUUUCAACAAAGGGUUUUCAACAGAGUUUGGUCCUGCGAAGCCGUACAUCCACGAGAAACAGUCUAUGUUUUGGGGAGGCCCAAGGUGGUACGAUAAUGGAACUGGCUAUCAUGUCAACAAUCCUGCCGAGCCCACCUACGCCGGCCCACCAAACGAAGAUAUUGAUGCAGCAUGGGAGGAUUUGCUUCGAGGUCGAUACUUUACGAUCACUGAAGCAGAGGCCGUACAGACAUUUGGAAACCCCCACGGACUCUAUUUACACCCCGAUGGCGUAGGCUACUUGACUGGCCUUGACGUCUUUCAUGCUCUUCACUGUGUGGAACAGCUGAGGAGAGCUCUUGAUCGAAACCACUACUUCAACAAUCGGACAAAACUAGCAUAUCCCGAUAGAGGUCAUCGAGAUCAUUGUAUUGAUCACAUUAGGCAACAACUAAUGUGUCAUGCCGACCUCACUCCUAUACCGGUCAUUUGGUACGAAGGUCAUAGGAGAAGCUUUGUGCAGUCAGAUGUGGUACAUACCUGCAGAGACUGGGAUUCUGUCAGGCAAUUCGUCGCUAGUAGACCUGCAUGA